GCCGGAAGUCGGUGGGCGGGACGGAGGCUGACGGCUGCUGAUGCUGUUGUGGAGAGGUUUUGGGCGCGGAGAGAAAGGGGAGCGCGGAUAACCGCCUUUUCUGGGAGUUGCUGCCGCCGCUGCCCCGCUGGGGCGGGAAGGGUGCGGACCCCCCCCGUCCCUCCCUCAGCCCCCCUCACCAUGUUACUGCCGUCCGACGUGGCCCGCCUGGUGCUAGGUUAUUUACAACAAGAAAAGCUUUUAGCCACAUGUCGGGCAUUUAUACUAGAAAGCUCAGAUUUAAAAGAAUACGCAGAGCACUGUACUGGGGAAGGCUUUGUUCCAGCUUGUUUACUGUCUCUCUUUGGGAAAAACUUAAUCACCAUCCUGAAUGAGUAUAUCACAAUGAAAUCGAAAGAAGCAACAAAUGAUGUUCCAGCAAUGAUGUCAUCUUUAUGGAAGAAGUUGGACUACACACUUUCUCAAAUCAGGAGCAUGCAGAAUUCUGGUGCAUUUUGUGCUCAUCAACGGGGCCGCACAAGAAGUGCAAUUGCAGAUAUGAAAAAGCAGAGAUGUAUUCCGCAAUCACUUCCCUCAAAUUCAGGGUCCUCUGUAGCUCAUCAGCCAGGACAACUGACCUCUGCUCCAAUGGCAGCCACACAAGUUAUUCUUAAACCAACUGUAAUCCCAGUUAUGGCCCAGACAAGAUCAGGUUCUUCAUUGGCACACCAGUGCCAAGUACAAGAAAGCAAUAUUAACACAGGAGACACUGCAAACUUGGUUUCUGCACCCCAAGAACGGAAGCUUCACUCGAGCAUGGUGUCUCCCGGAAAAAGAAAAGGUGACUUCCAGAAGAAAAAAAGCAUUGUAUCAUCGGGGUCACAAUUAUCCAAUUGUGAUUUACGGGACACUCCAAUGGUGGAAGAAGAAAGCUCACCCAUGGAAGAAGGAAGUGAACAGCUAGAACUUAUAGAGGGUGACCUUCCACAAAUGAUUAUUGAAAAUGCCAGAGAGAAAAUUCUGAGCAACAAAUGCCUUCAGGAGAAGCUAGCUGAAAACAUUAACAAAUUCUUGGGCAGUGAUGGCAAUAUUUCUCAGACAGCAAAACAGGCAGACAGUGGCCCAACAAUACAAGAGUCCUCAAUUGAUGAAUUCCUUGGUCUUCAGCAGGGUGAAAUUCACAUGACCGAAGAAGCCAUCCAGGAGAUUCUGGAGCAAACAGAAUCAGAUCCAGCAUUUCAAGGACUCUUCGAUAUAUUUGAUUUUGGUGCAGGUAAAGCUAAGGGUGGGAGAAAUGCUUCUCACAGUAUUUCUACUCAGAAUGGAGGACUAGAGAAUGCAAUCUUAGUGGACGAAGAAAGCCUAGGAGCACUUGAAAGUUUUAUUGCAACAAAGGAAAUCAGUGAUAAUUCUCGAGUAACUCUGUCAUACACAGAAGAUCAUUCAAAAGAGGCACAUGUUCCAAAGACUGGUUGCAGUGAUAGUGAAGUCACCUUGGAAGAACACCUGGAGAUGCAAAAUGUAGAAGUUGAAAAAUUUCCCAGGGACUCUAAAGUGAGGAGUGAAAGUGACCCUGUAGAAAUGGGAAUGGCUAGCCAAAGAACCAAGCACAAUACAGUCUUUGAAUCUGAGCAGAAUCAUGUCUCUGACCCAGAGUUCAGUGGACACAAUGUAGGCUCUUGCAGCAAACAAGGAACAUCAGCGAGAGACGGUAGAACUGAUAAAGACCUCUUAUGUCAAGAUCUUCAAAACCUGCCUCAUUUGCAGUAUGAUCAGUUGGGUGCGAUGCAAAUCUCACCGUCUGGAGGAGCAGAGAGUUGUUCAUUGUCUAAUAAUAUACUCAGGACAAAUGCAAAAUUGCUAUCCCCUCUGAGAACUGCCCAAAAUGAAAUGCAGAAAGGAGCUAUUGCAGCCAACUCUAGCCAUUCAGCAGAAACAAAUAAAAAUCUAGAGCACAUAAUGGGACAGCCAGCUGAAUUUCCUGUACCUGGCCAGCAAAAUCCAGACAGUCAUGUUGCCUCUGAUUGUCAAAACCAGGAUAAAAUUGAGUCUGAUUCUGCUGCAGCAUUUGUAGCGAAUGCAUCUGAUCCAAAUGCUGUAGAGCUCCAGCUUGAAGUUGUGGAUACUUCCAACAGCCUUCAUUCAGAUGAUCAGCCUGUGCACCAGGAACCUUGUUCAAAACCUCAAAACCAGAAAUUGGAAGGCUCUGAAAUCUCACAGAUAGAAAUGCAAGAGCCAUCAUCUUCCACAAAAUCAGAUGCAGAUAGCUUAUUUCGGUCUUCUGAUAAUGAGGGGCGUUCAGAGAGAUCUACUGAUAGCAACCCCACCACAUCUGCUGCGUGUUGCUCUCCUCUUCCAGAACCAGUGGGAGAAUCAAGUCCAGGGAACAAAGAAUCGGGCAGUGUUUCCUCUAGUAGUCAAGCCACAGAUGGAGAUCCCUCCAGCGUAGUUUCCUUAAAAAUCAUUAUCAGCGAUGACCCAUUCAUUUCAGCAGAUGCCGAGCUGAACAAUGCAGUUUCCAGCAUCGCUGGAGAAAACUUGCCGACUAUAAUCCUGUCCUCACCAGCUAAAUCACCAGCCAAGCUAACAGGACCAGCCAGAUGCAUAACUUCGGAAGAGGUUGAAAGAACUGGGGAUUCAGCUUUGGUAGAACAGAAUCUUCUUGUGCUCAGACCUCAAGACUCUGUCACGAGUACACUCAACAUAUCAAAUGAGGAGUGUGCUGUUUUUUCCAUUGCUGGGACGUCCGGCGUUGCCAAGGAUGGGGGAUUUAUACAGCUGAUGCCAGCCACAAACACAUCUUUCAGCAACUCCAAUGGUGUCUAUAUUGCCACCUGUAUGACUGAGCCAGCUUUAAAUGCAAACGUUACUCCAUCAAACUUGGUUAUGUUGCCUGGCAGUUCAGCAUCUCUUGCAUCGCAGGUUCCAACACCACAGCAGUUACGGACUCCUCCUAGAACAAGCAACUUGUUUGCCAUGAACCCGCCAAUGUCGCCAAACUUUUCACAGGGUUCUGCCAUCAUAAUCGCAUCUCCAGUACAACCUGUGUUGCAAGGAAUGGUGGGAAUGAUUCCUGUAUCUUUAAUGGGGCAAAAUGGACACACAUUCUCAGAUCCUUCCCGUCAGGUUCUGCACAUGCCAGUACAGACUUCUUUGGGUGGUGGUGUUCCUAAACUACCUCUCCCUCCCAAAUCUCAGAGGAUCCCAAGAAACAAGACAAAUACAGGAAAGUUGGUACCUGGUGGAUCUGAGCCUAUAAAUCGUCCUGCUUCUCAUGCACAAAGAAAUGCAAACUCGGACAAGAAUGUUUGUGCAGAAUUGAAAAAGAAGCUGGAGACAGUUGCUCUUGACACCCUAAGUUCCGCUUCCAAACAGAAUGAAAGCCAUAGGAGAGUGCUUUGCUUUGACAACACUCUGGCUGCUCCAGUAGGAAGUAUUCCAGCAUCACAGAAAGAAAGGAGUGAAAACCCUUUAUGCUCUGGGAAUUCUCCCAGCGCUGUGCUUUCAACUGCUAAAACUCAGUCCUGCAAGAGGGAAAGAGAGAGAACUUUGCCUAGGAUUUUAUGUAAGCCUGAUAUUACUAGCAGAAACUUGACUGCAAAGGACACCCAAUCUGAGAAGAGACAUUCAGGUCCAGGAUUGGCAUCGGAUGUGUUAAGAAAACAGACUGCAAAUAAAGAGAACGAAUUGGAAAGGGCUGUUGACAAACCCCCCCAAAACCAGGAGGUGGCGAUUCUCUCAAACGGCCAACAGAACGUUAGCCUUCAUAAUGAGAAGAACAGCUCCUCAGCUCAGGAACUGACUAAAAAGCAGGGGCUGCAGCCAAAUGCAAAUUGCAAAAUUUCAGCAGCUUUACCUUCAAAGGAGCCAAAAAAAGACCAGAACAGGUCUGCCAACCAAGCCCAUUGUUUGACUAGUCCGUUAACUAAACAAGCUGUGGAAAUGCUGCAUGACAUUCAGAGGCAAAGCCCCGCUAGUAAACUUCCUGAAAAUGUGGAUUUGCCAGUACCACGCACACCUUCAGGAACUGGCGAUAGACACUCUGAGGAUACCUUUGAUAUAAUAAGGACACCCACAUGUAGACGGUAUAGUGAAGACAGUACAACACCAAGGAUCAUGGUCCCUCCAGCUACUCCUGACUUGCCAGCCUGUAGCCCAGCUAGUGAAACAGGCAGUGAAAACAGUGUUAGUAUGGCUGCCCACACUUUAAUGAUACUUUCACGAGCAGCCAUUGCAAGGACUAGUACCACUACACCUCUUAAAGACAAUACGCAACAGUUUAGGUCUUUGAGAAGUGCAAAAAAAAGGAAACCAGAAGACAUGGUUGAAUGUGAGAGGAAUGCCCGGACUGCCAGUAAAAAAGAUAUGCAGAACUUUACAGUGCCAAUAAAAAAGAAGAAAGUGAAGCAGAAGAAGCUACCAAUCGCAUUUCCUGCUGGAAUGGAUGUGGAUAAAUUUUUGUUAUCUUUGCAUUAUGAUGAAUAAAAACUGAACUGUUCAUUGGUCUUUUGCAACUUUGAGGUGAAAUAACAAAAUGGGAGUGCAGUUGAUGCAUUCAAGUGUCACUGCAUAUUUAAAAAGGCACGCUGGUUCUGAAGAAAGUUGCUAGCUUAUAAAUAACUUGGCAGAUCAACUUCUGAGAAAGCACUUAAUGUACAACCAGUUAAGUUUGCACAGUUAUACUUGUGGGGAUAAUGUAAAUAUUGUACAGCUGUUGAAGUUGUAAAACAACAAGGUACUACUUUUAUUAACACUGGGGGUUGGAUGUGUUUUGCAAAAUGUGCACAUUAACUGCUCAGACAUUUUCAGUGUCAUACAUUGUUGAGCCAAAUUACGCUUAGAAGCAGGUUCUGUUGAAUUGUGGAACUUGCUUUCCAGUCAUUGUGCUUGGGGUUAUAGCCCAGGACAGAUAGCUGGCUCAAGUUGGAAAACAUAAUGUAAUGGUUAGCCAAGUCUUAAAUUGGAUAGCUAGCUAACUUCUAACGAUAACAAUUCAGCUUGUCUUACAGUGGGAAUUUCCCCAACCUGGUUCCCUUGUGCCUGUCUUUUCCUCUAGUUGCAAAUCUGUUACAAUAAAGGCUUUUUCAACUUUCUUACUAUA